AAAGGCAUAGCACAGCUCUCGAGCACCGAGAGCAGACCUCGUCUUCUUCUCCGGCGAGCCACCGGCGAUGGGGAGUAGCCGCUGCCGCGGGCAGCGCCAGCUCCAGCUGUGGUUCCGAUUCCUCGCCCUCUCGUCGCUGCUCCUCCUUGCUUCCGGGGAGGUCAUCUUCGAGGAGCGCUUCGAAGAUGGUUGGGAGACUCGUUGGGUGAAAUCGGAUUGGAAAAGGAGCGAAGGGAAAGCUGGUACAUUCAAGCACACGGCAGGAAAAUAUUCUGGAGAUCCUGAUGACAAAGGCAUACAAACGACAAUAGAUGCUAGGCAUUUCGCUAUCUCGGCCAAGAUCCCAGAAUUCAGUAACAAGGGCCGAACCUUGGUGGUCCAGUAUUCCAUAAAAUUUGAGCAGGACAUUGAAUGUGGUGGCGGCUAUAUUAAGCUAAUGUCUGGUUAUGUCAACCAGAAGAAAUAUAGUGGGGACACUCCAUACAGCUUGAUGUUUGGGCCAGAUAUAUGUGGGACUCAAACAAAGAAGCUGCAUCUUAUACUUUCUUACCAGGGGCAGAACUACCCUAUCAAGAAAGAUUUGCAAUGUGAAACCGACAGGUUGACACAUGUUUACACAUUCAUUCUUAGGCCUGAUGCAUCUUACAGUAUACUUGUUGAUAACCGUGAAAGAGAAUCGGGGAGCAUGUACACGGAUUGGGACAUCCUACCUCCACGUAAAAUUAAGGACGUCGAUGCCAAAAAGCCUAAGAAUUGGGAUGACAGAGAGUACAUUGAGGAUCCUGAUGAAGUUAAACCAGAGGGCUAUGAUUCUAUCCCGAGAGAGAUUCCUGAUCCAAAGGACAAAAAGCCUGACACUUGGGACGAUGAUGAUGAUGGCAUAUGGAAGCCUAGAAGGAUACCAAAUCCAGCAUACAAGGGACAAUGGAAGCGCAAGAAAAUUAAGAAUCCUAACUACAAGGGUAAAUGGAAGAUCCCAUGGAUUGAUAAUCCAGAGUUUGAGGAUGAUCCAGAUUUGUACGUGCUAAAACCUUUGAAGUAUAUUGGAAUUGAAGUUUGGCAGGUAAAAGCUGGUUCAGUUUUUGACAACAUUCUCAUUUGUGAUGACCCGGAGUAUGCAAAAAAGGUUGCAGAGGAAACAUGGGGUGCAAAUAAGGAGGCUGAAAAGGAGGCUUUUGAAGAAGCUGAGAAGGAGAGGAAAGCUAGAGAAGAUAAGGAAGCUCAACAGGCAAGGGAGGAAGGAGAGCGACGAAGGAGAGAGAGGGGCGAUCGGCACCGUGGCAGGGACAAUUACAAGGACCGAUACAAAAGACGCAACAGAGAUCACUGGGAUGACUACCAUGAUGAGCUCUGAAGUCCCAUGGAUCUUCAAUUCUUGGAAGGAGAAGCUGGGAUUUGACAUUGACAUUGCGUUAUAAUUGUCACCAAUAAUUUGAUCUGCUGCCAGGCCAAGGCAACCUGAAGUGUUUCUUCUCAUGUGUGGGGAAAAAAUUGAUUGAAUUGAAGUGAAAUGAAAUGAACAUGCCACGAAAGGUCAAUCCUGUGACAGCAGGACAGACAAUUCCACCUGUCAGCAGAAACAUGGCCCUGGCCCUCAAAUGUAAUCUCGUGCGUGUAAUGUACAUGGCUGGUGAUGUACUUCCUCUUCUUAAAAAAAACUGAUGAUGAUGUACUUCCUUUUGUAAGCUCGGAACAUUACCUUGCUAAUACGAAUAAUGAGGUUCCACAUUUUACUGAAUGA